AUGGCAUUCGUAACAUACAUCCUCUUAUCAACCCUCCUCUACGGUCUUGCUGGAAGGUUCAACCCGGAGCAACUUGGCUACACCGCCUCGUUCGCGUUCACAAUUGUCAUCUUGGAGAUUAUAAUUAUCAAGAUCGGGUGUUAUCUAUUGAACAUCAAUAACGACAGUCAGUUGCUUGACUUGGUCGCAUAUUCGGGCUACAAGUUUGUGGGGAUAAUUGUCACCUUGACGAUUACGACGCUAGGGUCAAAGUGGUUGGAGUACUUGGUUUUCGGCUAUGCCUUCAAUGCAAAUGCUUUCUUCUUGCUUCGAAGCUUGAAAUACGUCCUGCUACCAGACACCACAACAGAUAACCCCCGGAGCACCACCUAUGCUGUCAACCGCACGCAGAGGAACCGGAGAACACAAUUCUUAUUCCUAUACAGCUACCUUGUCCAAUUAAUCUUCAUGUGGUCACUCUCCUCGGGCUUCAACUUUUGUAGUGCUACCGCCGCUUGA